AUGAGUAGUACGAAGGACGAGGAUUCUGCCUCUUUAGAAACAAACGGUACCUCAAAGGUCUACGAGCCUUAUCAUCUAGACACCACUGUUGAAGCACAUUAUUCAAAAUCUCAUCAAGGGUCCGAAUUGUUGAAAAUUUUCUCCUCUGCUAAAGAUGGUCAUGAGUUUCAAACAGAUUACUUACCAAGAGCAGAAGCUGAACAUAGUCUUGCGAGAAGACUUACAAAUAAUGAAGGGACACAGACAGAAAGCAAUUACAUUGCUUCAAUCAAAUCGACAGAUCAAGCCCAAAAGUCAAAGAAUACGUCUGACUUGGAAAACCAGAGCGAAAGCUCAAAUUGUGACGAUAAAGAUCCACCGAAAGAUGAAGGCUUUGCAUGGGUGGUAGCAGUAUGUGCGAUGCUCGUCGAAUUCUGUACUUGGGGCUCUAAUGCAGGGUAUGGUGUCUUCCUUUCAUACUACAUUUCAUCGGGAACAUUCGCUGGUGCAACUCAGUACGAUUAUGCAUUGAUAGGUGGUAUGAUUCUCUGUUUUGCUCAAUUCUUAGCACCGGUCUGUGUCUUAUGUUAUAGGGUAUUUGGACCAUUCUAUACAACAUAUUUUGGAAUAAUGUUACAAACGUUGGGAUACUUAUUGGCGUCCUUUGCUACUAAAAGAUGGCAGUUGUAUUGUACACAGGGCUUUCUCGUAGGCGUAUCGGUCCUGUUUGUUUAUUUACCUGCGACAUUAAUGCUAUCUACUUGGUUCGAAAAGAGAAAAGCAACGGCCAUGGGAAUAGCGGUCUCCGGUUCAGGCCUCGGUGGUGUAUUCUUUUCUUUGGUAGUUCAAAAGAUAAUGAGUGAAACAGGAGACCAAAAAUGGGCAUUAAGAAUGUGUGCCUUUGUUUCAGGGUUUGUAGCUCUUAUUGCUUGUAGCAUUAUGAAACCAAGGAAUUACAAACCUUUGCCAUUAAAAGUCACUUUGACGAAGGAAUUCAUUUUCGGUAAUGCUAAAACUAUAUUCUCAGUAAGCGUGUUUAGAGAUUAUGCACUUGUCUUAUUGGGGAUUUGGUUCGGAAUAUCUGUAUUAGGCUACAUGCUAGUUCUCUUUUCAAUCUCGUCCUACGGAAUACUGGUGGGCUUAAGUGCGAAUCAAGGAUCUAUUUUGACAGCUGUAAUGAAUGCUGGUCAAGUCAUCGGGAGACCUUCCUGUGGCUUCAUGGCCGAUAAAUUUGGUAGAUUCAACUUCACCAUUAUCAAUUGUCUCGUCGUUACUGUAUUGAUAUUAGCAUUUUGGAUAAAUUCAACCUCGUUCGGUGCAUUGUUAGCUUUCAGUGUAAUUAUUGGCUCGACCAUUGGCGUGGGAAGUUUAUAUUGUCAAUCAUUGGCAUCGGACAUUUUGCAGGAUAUGGAGAAUUUACCAGCUGCAUGGUCUGGAUUGAACAUUAUUGUCCUGUUCUUUUGUAUUGGAACUGAAGAUAUUGCGUUUGCAUUAAAAAAGGAUGGAGCAGUCAAUCCGUAUUUGCAUACGCAGAUAUUUGGAGGUGUUUGCUUUUUUGUUAGUGCCUUAUUAUUAUGCAUUAUGAGGGAGAAGGUGGUUAGAAAGAGAAUUGUAGCGAGUUUGGAUGGAGAUAGAAAACUUCACUUUGAACAGUCCAGCUUGAAGCGCUGUUUAAAGGGAUUCAGUCAAGCUGAAUCCGAGUUGGAGAGAAUACAAAUGAGGAUAGACAGAUAUGAACUUCUCACUCACCACAGCUCUAUAAAAUAUUACUUCAUAAGGAUGUUUUACCCCAUGAUAGUGUAG